AAAAGCUUUCUCAAGAACCUUUCUCCGGAACAACACGAAACAGAAAAACAAAGAUGAAUUUGAAGCCGUGGUCUUUGUUAAAGACCCAACGACCUUUUCCAACAACCUUGCAGAAAAGUUCAAUUUCUCCACUAGUACUCGCAAAAAAUGCAAAUUUGGAUAUUUCGGUGUCUACAAUUCGCCGUAUACUUCGGUAUGA